AGUUGUGCUGAAACUAAAAAAACAACAAAAACAAGUAAAAGUAUCUUUUUUCACACAUUUCCCAUAAAAACAGUGUCGUAUUCCAAAACUGUCCCAUUAGUAGGACAAAUUGUAUCUUACAAACGAAAAAUCGACUGGUGUCAAACAGCAACAAAAAAAAAAUAACACUCCAUUGAACCCCAAAAGAAUAUUUAACAAACGAAAACACUACGACUUUGUUUAAAAAUGUAUUUUUAAUUAAAUUAGACAAAAUGAUGAUAUUUGACACAUUUGUUGUACGAGUCGACAGUCAGCAGCGGUAAUGGACGGACGGACAAACAGAAAUUAUUGGAACGAUCAAUUACAUAUAAAAAAUGUCAAUACAAACAAAUUUAAGUUCAUUUGAAAAGAAACUGGCGAAUCUUUAAAACGUUUUACUUACGGCCGCUUAAACGUAACACCUUCAUUCGGUUUGGUUCUUUUCCAUUACGAUUCGAUUUCAAAUAUAAAAAUUUUCCAUUUAAAUAUUAUUGCAAUUUAAAUGGCAGCUUAAAAUUUCGAAAAUUUUCUGUUGCAUUUCGAAGGAAAUUGUUUUAAGUAUUAAUGAUUAAUGUGUGAUUAAAUAGAAAAGUAUUUUAUUAAAAAGUAAUAAAUAAAAACAAACUUGUUAAUUAACAAUUGAAAAAAAACAUGCAAUUAACUGGCAACUGUUGUGAUAAUUUGUGCAGUGAAUUUAAAUUAAAGAAUUUUGGUUUCGAUCACGAUCAUCAAGAUCAGUUUUAUCGAUCACAGUGGCAAAGUGGCGAGAGAAGUUGGUUAUUUUUAUGUUAUCGCUGGAUAUGGGCACUAUUUUUUAUAGCUGUCUUUUUAGCCUGUGUAAUUUUACAAUUUUGCGAAGGCAAAUAUUUUAUUUUCUUAACAAAUUGGGGCAUUAUACUGUGCUCUCUAACACAACUACUGGCUGCUAUUCUUGUGACACGUUGGCAUUUUGAUUUGGCUUCCGUCAGAUCUGAUCACUGUGAACGCAAUGGCAGAACGAGGAAAUCACCGUUACUUAUUAAACUGUAUUGGCUGUUACAUGAUGUUGCAUUGCCGCUGUCGCUGGUAAUUACAACUAUCUAUUGGACAUUUUUACAUGGGAAAAUGAAUAAACCCUCACGAUUUCCCGUCAUUAGUUUCGUAACACACUGUCUUAAUUCUGUGUUUAUGCUGGUGGAUUUUUUCAUUGUUGCAUUUCCGGUGCGACUGCUGCACACCCUCUACGCCAUGCUGUUGCCCAUAAUUUUCUGUUUCUUUACGUUAAUUUACUUUUUCUGUGGCGGUACUGAUGAGUAUGGGAAUCAUUAUGUUUAUCCGCUAUUGGAUUGGACAAUACCCGUACGUUGUGUGGUGACAUUUGUUGGCGUUUUUGGAUUAUAUUGUAUUUAUUCGAUUCUAUUGUUUGUGGUCUAUAAAUUAAGACGUUUCUUACAUCGUUCAUUGAGUGUUGUAUGGUCACCUCAUUGUGUCGGUUUAAUUUAAUCAUUAUUAUUCUCUUGAGCAGUGCCAUCAUCAUUAUCAUCGAACAUCAUAUUUAUAAUUAUCGUCAUUGUUUUGCCAUUAUUAAAUUUAAAAAAAAAUACUUGCCACAUAUUUUAUUAUAAUUUGUACAAGCACACACAUACAUACAUACAUACAUAUUUAACUUGAUAAUUAGUUGCUUUUUUACACCAUUUCCUUUUGUAGCAAAAAAAAAAUGGAUGCUUGUGUUUACGAAGGAAAUGCUUUCAAUAUCCUUAUUGUAUAUCGAUUAAAAUAAAUACAUUUUAUGUUUGAGAAUUUAUUUUAAAAUUUCUCCAUUGGAAAUGGUGUAUUUUCAUAUUAUUAUUUAACUUUAAUUAUAUCAUGUUGAUCAAAUCAUUUAUACACAUUUAUUUAAUUAUACUAAAGUAAGUAGUACGAAAUGUAUUAAAAUUAAAUGAAACUAAAAUAUUUACAAUUCUUUUGUUCCUUAUAUGUAUAUGUGUU